GUGGGUCAUAGGGUGAGGGGGUGGAAAUGCGUGGAAAUGAUCGAAAUAUAAACACAAUAAGUGUUGUACGGUCAUUAGAUGGAUAGACAGCAGGACAAGGAAAAGGAAUAUGGUACAGGAAUUGAAGCUACACAGCCCAGCGGGAUCCGAACCAGCAAUUUAUCAGUGGCCAAUCCCCGGAUCGGAAGGAAAGGAAGGGGCCGAAGAAAUUAUUGAUACUAUAAGAUGGGUGUGCGAGGACAUCCCCGAGUUGAAGUUGGCCAUGGAGAACUAUGUCCUCCAGGACAUCGACACCAAAAGCUUCCAGAGUAUGAAAUGUCUGUGUGAAAAGUACAACAAAGCCAUCGACAGUGUUUUACAACUGUGGAAAGGAACAGCUGGAUCCAGCAGGCUAAACAUACCUCCAUCCAAUAGCCUGCUCAAACACAUCUUACAGCAAUGCUACAACCAUGCAGUCACUGACCCCGAAAAACUCAACCAGUAUGAACCUUUCUCACCUGAGGUGUAUGGUGAGACAUCAUUCGAGUUGGUGGAACAGAUGAUCCAAGCUGUUAAUUUCACUGAAGAUGAUUCGUUUGUUGAUCUCGGUAGUGGUGUUGGCCAAGUUGUCUUGCAGGUAUCAUCAGCCACCCCAUGUAAGAAAUGUUACGGCAUAGAAAAGGCAGAAUGGCCAGCGUUAUAUCAGAAGGAAAUGGAUAUCAGAUUCCGCAAGUGGAUGAAUUGGUAUGGAAAGAUCCAUGGUGAAUACGAGCUAGAAAAGGGAGAUUUUUUAGAUGACAGAGUCAAAGAAAAAUUAUGUAAUGCUACUGUGGUAUUUGUAAACAACUUUGCCUUUGGACCACAAGUUGAUCACCAGCUCAAAAUCCGCUUUGCCAAUAUGAAAGAAGGUGCUAAAAUUGUUUCCUCUAAAGCUUUCUGUCCUCUCAACUUCCGUAUUACAGAUCGAAAUCUCAGUGAUAUUGGGACAAUCAUGCACGUCACGGAGCUGUCGCCUCUCUGUGGUGCUGUUUCCUGGACGGGCAAACCUUUCACCUACUAUGUUCACACAAUUGAUAGAACAUUGCUUGAAAAAUAUUUUCUGCGUUUAAAGAAUCCUGGUAUUAAGGAAGAAGUGCGUAGAGAUAGAAAAGGGCGACCAAUUUCUUUUAAGGAUAAAACCAAUAAUAUUCAUGUGGAUGAUAGGAAGAGUAGACAUCGACGGGAGGUUGCUCCUCAUGAUGAGCACUACCAUGCGGCCAAGGUUCUUGACUUUGACAGUGCCAGUAACACCAGCAAUGCCACCGACGAGAGUAACAGCCUGUACGGACCCACCACGCGGCGGGGCUGGGCGGAGUGGGUGUCACGACCCAAGUCACCUUCCAGCGGGGACCAGGAGAAUGACACGGUGAACAUGGAGAUGCGUAAUCGUUUAAGAAAGGAGAAACGUAGAAAGAGACCAAGCAAGAGACUGAAUGGGAUGAUUCGGAAACGUAAUGCAAACAAAGAAGGUGUUAAAACACUGGCAAGCAAAAAGUGCGGAACACAAGGUAAAACUUUGGACUUGGAUGGCCUCAACUUGUUGCAUACCCACACUCUCCUGUCUACCAUGGCAACAGGUGCUGAAAGCCAGCAGUACAAUGAUCGUACGAUGACGGGGAAGUCCAAGUCAUACUUCAAGCCGAUUGUCCAGAAACAAACUGUGUCAUCUUUGGAAACUCCUCCAGCCCUGCAGCAGCUGCUUGAAAUUUUCCGUCAACAGUAUAUGGGCUUUCUUGCCCACAUGCAGAGUUCCCACUAUAAAACAUUUCUACAGGAACAUAUUGAUAAGGAAAAUAUACGACGAAAUGAACUUCAGUCUAAAAUGUUUUUAUUAGAAAAACAAAUUACAGGUUUACAGAAGAAUAGUUGUCAGAUGUUAAAGACACGUCUAUCUGAGCUCGGAAUCAAAGCGGACAACCCCAGUGACUUCUUAAAUGAGGCCAAGAACAUCGUGGAGUGCCACAAAGCCCUAGAACGCCAGACUGUGUUGCUGAACUCGCAGAUCAAGAAUCUGGAGCUGGAACAGCAGCAGAUAUUGAUUGCCCAGAAGGUCAGUGAAUCGUGCCCAAGUACCAAAUUAAAUCCCCGAAAGAAUGGAUUCUUACAACCAGUCUACACUCAGAAUUAUUUGCGGAAAGAGGUGUCCACCUCAUUUUCGCGUAAGAAGAAACUUCUGAGUCACGUGUUACAGCUGGAGCAGGAGGUGGACAACCUGGAGAAGAUCAACAUCGAUCUGAUCAGCACGUGGAAGUCCCGACCCGACAUCUCCAGUCCGUACGAUGACAAAAUGGAAGACGAGAAAUCCACUGUGAAAGACAAAACUGUAGAUGCAGAGAAGUGCAAAAUUGCAGUGAAGACUGAGCUGGGAACAACUGAAGUUAGAGACAAUGAACACGAGUUUGCUUGCAUGAUGACGAAGCUGAAGAGCGAUGUAACAUCCGUAUUAAUGGAUAAUAUAUGUGGGAAGAACGGCUUCGACCAGUCCACAGUUCAUCAGAUAGAAGAAUACAAAAACAAAAUGCUGAGCAAUGCCGACGAUCCAUCCGUUUCAAAAUUCAAGGAGCCCAAUUUUUCAAUAAAAGGUCUGCUUGAAUGCACGAAAACCAGCAAGUCUGUGAUUUCAACAAAACCAUCGGACGUUUCCCGCACUGCAUACAAGGCCAGUGCAGAACAUUCCUAUGCUAAUUUGGAUAAUGCAGAAAAGAUCAAGAAAGAAAAGAAGACGAAAGGAAACAGUGCACCGGUUUCACUGGCUCUGAAAAAUGUAAUGAAGCACCAGAUGGACAUGCUUGGUAACAUUCCCUCUUGCAAUACUACUGUUGAUCUCAGUCCCAUGUCGGAAAACAAGCUACGGCUGUCCGUGGCCAAUGAUUUGAUCAGUCUGCGAGACAGAUUGGACACAAAGAACAGGGAAUCGCCGAUGGAGAAGAAGUUUGAGCCGAGCUAUUCGCCAAUCAGCCGACCUAGCAGCAGAAGCAGCACCGAAUCCAUUCCUUCUGGUGUGGAGGUACCCGUCAGUCCAAAGAUCCUGACUCGGAGGAUACCGGCCACCAUCCCCAAACCAAUUGUACCUCAGCCUCGCAGGGCGUCGGUCGGUAAGACCGCAUUGUGUCGAAUCACACCUCCGGUUCACUCGGUGAGCCACGCGCAGACUUCGCCCAUGAAUAUUCAAUCAGCACCAGUACAGAUGGUCAGCAGUCACCUGACGAACAAAUUGGGGAGUCAAGCUCGAGUUAUUUACACUCCAACGACUGCUGGCGUCAGUCCCUCCAGCGUGCAAAUAAAUAAUGCAAUAAUGAAGCACAAAGAGCAACGAGUUGGUGCCAAUCAUGUAUAUCGACCAAAACCUCAGGGACAUGUAAACACUCAGGUCUUACAUUCUCAGCACAAUACUGCCAUUGUUAAGACUUCCACUCCAAGCAGAAGACAGACCACUACUAUCACCAGCAGCAGCAGCAGUGCAGUGGUUAUGUCGGUAUCACAGUCUGCCGUCAUGACGCAGGCAGUGGUACCGAGUAGUGCAGCGUACUCGAUGGCCAACAAUCACGUGGUAGCUCAGCUCGCCCAGGGUGUGCCCAUGCAGUUGGCCGCAGCUCCUGGUACUUCCUCGUCAGGUGGGUCGAAAACCAAGACGCAUGAGUCGACAUCUCCUGACAAAAAGUGGCAAGCUCAGAUAAACAGUGGUUUUGAUGCUCUUGUGGCUUUUGCAUCAUCAGAAUUAGACCGUAGUCGAGAAUUGAAACGUAAAACUAGCGACAACGACAAGCCAUUAGAAACGAGUCCUGUUACGCCGUCGACACCAUCACCACCCCGUGACUCUGGAAGUAGCAAAGCGAAAGGUUUAUUUGCGGCCGUAAAGCUUCCGUUCCGAUGCGACUCCACAUCAGCCAAGUGUCCUAAGCUGUCGGACAUGUCAUCUGUUAGCAGCCCAUCAUCCAGCUCAUCUCGGGGAGCUCACAACUCACCGAGGUCGUCAUCCCCUCUUGACCGGAGAGGUCCGCACACACCACCGGGGUCACCGAAAACGACGUACAGUCGAAAGAGCCGAAACAGACGACGACGUCGACACAGUCGAUCAUCAAGUUGCGACUCGUCUCGGAGUAGGAGUCAUUCUAGCAGUCGCAGCUGGUCUAGUCGCUCUAGGAGUAGCAGUCUGAGUAGUAUGUCGAGCGACAGCAGUGACAGCGAUCAGGAACGAAAGGUUAAGAGUAGUGUGAGUGGGACGCGCCAGAUAAGCAGUGGAAAUCAGUAUAGUAGUAAGAACGGCCUCACAGACAGAGUUGCAUGCGGUGGAGUGAGUGCUAAAGGUGUCAGUUCCGGGACUAUUCAUGUUGUUAACAGUAAUGUGUUAAGUGGUGGUGGUUUAGUGGUGAUGAAAUCGCUGGCUCCAGUUACUAACUCGGAAAGUGUGUUUUAUCAUGGAAACGGUAGUGGUGCGUUUUCACCGUUCAUCAUGGAUCCGUCACAGAAAGCAGCAGUCACAGGGUGUUCUGGUGCCAGUAAGGGUUUACAUGUACCACCAGCUGACAUGGCUUACAUACCGAGCAACUCCAGUGACAAACCACCUCCGCAGCUUAUAAAGCAAACAAAGCUCGAAUCUCACUCUGGUGGUUACCCUGACUAUCCCUCGCAAAUAAAUCCCAUUCCAACACACAAUGCCUAUGGUUCUCCACAUACCGUACCUGCCCUCCACCACAAUUCCACAGUGGAAAAAUCUUCUUCAAAACCCCCACCCUUCUCUCCAAGAUACAUCCGGCCUCCACCACCCCCUCGUGUCCUUCAGACUGCAAACGCUCACACAUCAAGUCCUGUGGCACCAUCCCCACCAAACCCAGCUCAUAUCCAUCAUACUAAACUCACUCGACCCCCUCCCCCCAACUCUGCCCCACCCCAACCCCUCUUGACUCCACUGCAGCCACCUCCACUUCCGCCCAUAAUUGGUUCAAACAAUUCUGCUUCUCCAUCACAUCCUAGAUUUCCCGAUUUUACACGCCCUCCACCACCCCUGGGUAAUGCUCCAGUUCGGUCGUCCUUGGGACCACCCCAUGGCUCCCCAAUACCACAGCCACGACAUUCACAACACAGUCCAAAUAAACCAGCAUCGGCAAAUCUUCGUGUACACCAUUCACAGCAUAGUUCGGUUAGACCCAACCCAUCGGUACGACCACCUUUACGACAGUCUCAGCCAAGCUCGGUUUGGCCGGCACAUUCUAGUCAACUAAGAUACGGUGCAGGAAACCCGACUCCAAUGAUGAACCAUCUAAAUGGUCCAGUCGAUAUGUCCCGACCACACAUGGAAGCCCACCACCCACCGGCAUGUGGCAUACCACACAUGGGCUAUCUGGAUGUGAGAUCUAGGCCACCUAAUGUUCACAGCUCCAACCCACUCUCCCACAAUGUAAUGUCAAACGCCACAAACAUGGGCCAAAGGUCGGAUCCUGGUGCAUGCAUGACUUUCCCCGGACAGACGAUGAACAGGGGAAUGCCAUCUCAGUUUGGACCAGUGGGUCCUCCAGAAUGGCAGACGUUCACAUAUGGAGGAUCGAACAUGGGAUUAGGCCACCGUUAGCCAAACUGUAGACUGUUUAUUGUACAGAAGAAUGAGAAAGAAUUGUCAUUCGUAUCUUCUGCAGUGAAUUUUAAUUUUUUAUUAUUAUUUUUUUUUAAUCAUGUCAGUUUUACCCAAGGCAAAAAUCACAGGUUUUGUGAAUGAUUUACUAUCACAGUGUUUAAAGUCACUGUGUGAAAAUGUGAAUAAGAAUUCAUAAGCUGCAAUAUUGGGACUACUCCGAAAUGUGAUGCUAUAAUACAUGUUGUGUGCAUCAUAAACAUCAUGUUUUUGAGUCAUUGAGCGUGCUCACUUUGUAAUAUGUUGACUGUUCAUACUCUUGGUUUAGAUGUGUCACAUUAUAGACAUAUAGCAAUUGGCUAGCUUCUUUACAUACAUGUAUAAAUUAAGUUAAAACUUAAAAAGACCGUACACGUUUUACUGUUGAGAUUUGUUAGGGUACACAGUCUGUGUGCCAUGUGUUAUGUUGUUAAACCUUAGAUGUAUAUUUUAACCUGUGUUAACUUAUUCUUGUGUGCCCUUACAAAGAGCACUUGUAUAUGUGUGUUAAUUUAUUAUUGCUCUGUCAGUUGGAGGACUGUUUUGUUUUUCUCAGGUUUGACGUGGAUACUGUUAGUUCCUGAGAAGUGAGCUGAUCCACGCACUUCGGUUUUGGGUGAAGAUCUGACGAGGAAGCACUAUGAGUUCGGCAGUCUGUUGAUAGAUAUAUAACGUGUACUUCCAGAAACAAUUUUUUUUUUAUUCUCAGCAUUGUCAAAAGUUUUUAUGUCGAUUACAGCAAAAUGUUCAAUAUUAUUCUCUCAAUAGGGCUAUUCGAAGAAGGCAGCGAAAUUCCCCAGGAUAUGGCUCCCUUGGCAGCUCUUUAACGUUACACUUGAAUUAGUUUUUAUAAGAUUUGUAUAUUUUGUUUCUAUCUCUCAUUGUAUGAAAUAUAUAUCCUGGCAUGAAAAUUAUUUUAAUACGUGAUUAAAAAGGCAACAUACAAUUAUAAACGACCAUUCUCAAUGAGAUGUAAUUUAAUGGAUUUUACAUUUUAAGACAUUCAAAAUGAGCAGCUAUCUUUUAUUCAUAAUUGUUAAAACACAUGAAACUGUUUUCUAAAAUGUGAUUUUAUUACAAUUAUUGUCAUUGAUUAUUUUGUAAAAGAUAAACUUUAUAAAGUUUGUAAAAAACCUUUCUUUUUUUGUUGAGAAAUUAGCAUACAUGUAUGUUAUGUGGCGACUAUCCAUUUGGUGUUAAAGAAUAUAUGUGAUCGACAGCUGUGAAUCUACAUAUUGGUGUUUCAUAGCAGUGAAUCUACAUAAUGGGGGGGGGGGGGGGGGGGGGGGAGGGGGAGGGUGUGUCAGGAUCUCAGUAUUGUCAGUAUGUUUAAUGUGGUUGGGUCAUAGGAUAGAAUGCCUUAGGUCACAGAAUUGUUUUUUCAUUUUUUUUUCAUACCCCAGUGCCCCAUGGCUGGUACGUCAAAGAAUGGUUUUAUUGGUAAAUUUUGACCAAACACCCAUGGCUUUGAGUGGGAAUUUUAGCAUUUUUUAAAGAAAAAAUUGGGAAUUUUCAGUUACAUUUCAAAAACAUCUUAUUAAGCUGUGAGUUUAAAAGAGUAAUCCUAUACAGGUACUUGUAUUUAAAAUAUCUAUUUUGCAUUAUGAAAUGCUAUAGGGGAGGGAAGAGGUGUUUGUCAAUUGUUACAUAUUGUUUUCAAAAUGUGUCUUUAUAUAAUAAAAAUUCAGAAUUAUAUACAUAGAUUGGGAAUUUUUUACUCCAAAAUUGGAAAUAUAAAAACAACAUAGCCUUCGAGGAUAAUGAUGCCGAUUAUUGGACUCUAGAAACAUAGCUUAUAAAAUCUGGCAACGGCCAUGGUAUGUGCUAUCCUGCAUGGCAAAGUGCAUGUUAAAAAAUCUGUUGCUACUACUGGAAAAAUGUAGUGCCAGCAAAAGUUUUGACGUGCUAAACAAGAAAACGCUAUCCAUUUAAAACAAAUCUAUUUUGAGAUGUGAUAUUCUACUUUGGUCUCACUUCUCACUAUCUAAACGUUUUAGUCAUUAACAGCUGAAAUGUACAUAACAUUGCUAGUUUCUAAACUGUUUUAAAGUCUUGUUUAUAAAACUUGUAAAUGGUUAAAAUGCUGUUUAUCGUUGUCAUGAUAAUAUAAUUAAUAAAUAAAUAAAAUGAUAUGAUAUAAAAUAUUCCAUGAUUGUUGUUGUUGCACGGAUGUUGGGCAAAUGAGCCCCGACUGAUUAUUUGUUUAGGCAAUGGAAAUGCAUAUUAGUUGUAAAAUUGUAAUGCAGAACCAAAAUAUACAAUAACUUGGUAAAUGUUGAUGCAAAGCCAGAGUAUUGGCUGGAACAUGUAAAUGAUCAGUUGUUAUCUCCCUUUCAUGAAGAUGAAUGUAUAAUACAGGGUGUUGAUAAAGUCCUGAUAUUUGUAUCAAAUAAGACAUUAUAAACACACUGAAUUUAUUAUUUAUUUAAUGAAGGUGCUUUGUGUGUGUGGGUUUGAACAUUUUGUUUGCCAUCUGUUCAGUGAAAUGGGGCUUAUAAAAUGAACAAACAAAAAUGUUAAAUUUUAACACACACUUUACCAAAAACAUGACCAAUCUAGCUUAUUAUUAUUUGUGUUUAUCUGAAGCUUGGAAGUUUGUAUUUAUUAUGGCGUGUGUUUAUCUGCUGCAUGUUUAAGAAAAUUUCAUUACAUUGUUUAUUCAGCUGUAUUUGUCAGUAUGCAGUUUUCACAUUGUUAUUGAUUAUUAGUAGCGAAACUGAAGUGAACUGAAGUAAAAAGACAAAUUCAAAAUAUAAUUUUUUUAAACAAAUUUGAAGAGGCGUAUUUUGGGUAAAUGGUCACGAAAUUCUUAAGAAAGCAGAUUGAGUUUGUCGAAGGCAAAUAAGCUGAGCUUCCAAAGAGAAUGUGAUCUGUAGGAGUUUGGGGUGUGUGGGGGGGGGGGGGGGGGUGCUGUUUAUAAAAUUUUGAAAUAAAAAUGAUUAAGAGAUAUGUUUUCAGGUCAAUUUAGUGUUGUAUAUUGUUGAUGAUGAAUUUAAAUAAACCCAAAAUUUAUAUUUUCAAUUUGCCAUAAUGUGCAUUUUCUUAGUUUCUCUACAAACAUUUAAAAAGAAAAUUGGCUUUUUUUUUUAUGGCUGAUAUGACUAUUCAGUUAUUUUUAUCUAUUGAAAAUUGGGAUGGUUUGUUCUAAAGGUUUAUGAUAUCUUAUUGCUGUGCUUACAAUUUGGUAGGACUAAGUUGCCACAUAGUAAAAUCAUUAAGUCAGUGGGACAUAUCAUUGUUGGACUAAGAAAACCUUGUAUCUGCAUUUUCUGUUUUUCAGGCGAUAAAAAAACUGUUUUAUUAAAAAUCUUAUUCAUUGUAACAAAUGGCUUUUAAGAAUAUGAGAGCCAUUUGUUACAUUGGACCAGGUUGUAACAAAAAUAUAUUUUUUUAGUCCUGAAAUUUAAAAAAAAAAUGUUGAUACAAGUUUUUCUUAGUUCAGCAACAAUAUGUAUAUUUGCUGAUACUACUUUUGUUCACUGUAUUUGAUUGUAAAGUUGCUUUUAUAAUUUUUUUGUUUUUGUUCAUAUUUUUAAUACUCAGUGUUUAUAACUACCUCUAUGUGUAUAUACAAUAGUACAUUGUUUGAAUGGUCACUGCUGAUCCAUUCUUUGGUGAUGUGAAAAAAAAGAAAGUGUUAAUAUUAUUUAGAUGAUUGACAAGACAUUAUAAUUAACUGACUAUUUAUGACUACACUGACAUUUUUAGAAACAUAGUUUGCUAGAGUAAAUAUUUGUGAAGAAGCAAGUAGUUGAAAUGUUGUUUUGACCAAGUCCCAUUCUCAAGUAAAAUAGAUGCCUUUGUUCAUAAUUUCUAAAGCUGCAAUCUGUAAGUUGAGCUUUGCUUUUUGUGAGAACAUUCAAAUUUUAAUACUAGUGUAUAGUAUAAACGUAUUUGCCAGCAAGAAUAAUUCAGCAUUUGGCAGUGUUUAAAAUUAGUUUUUAUAAAUAUAUUUGCCAGCAAGAAAAAUUCAGCAUUUGGCAGUUUUUGAAAUUGGUUUUGAUUUAAGAAGUAAAUUAUAUGAGCAUGUUUCAAGCAAAUAAUUUACAUCAGUAAAAAGAACUGUGUAGCCUUGUGGUUAUAGCUAAACUGUGGUUUCUAGGCUAGUUAGACAUGUGAAUAAAUAUUUUAAUGUAUUGCCAGUUUCUUUUUUUACUGCAAGUGUUUUAUUUUUACUAUGAAUUUACUGUCUUUUAAUAAUCUAUCAUUGAUAUCAUUUUGUAUUCAGUGUUUUUAAUAGCAAGAUUAAGCAGAAAAUAUAUAACAUCUGUGUAUUGCUAAUAGAUGGCCAUAAAAAUAAACAUGAAGAAUGGUUGCAAAAUACACAGUAAUAAUAAUUAUUGAAAGGAUACUAAGUAAUAUUUCAAGCAUUUAUUCUACAAUACAUGUUUUAGUAAAUGACAUUAAAAGAUGUAUCAAAAUGU